UCAGAGCUAUGACAAUGCUAGUAAUAUGUCUGGCUGCUACCAAGGAUUGCAAACGAGAAUUAAAGAAAUUAGUCCCACAGCAGAUUAUGUGCCUUGCUCAGGUCAUUCAUUACAGCUGGUUGGAACGGGAGCAGCUGACAGCAGCCCAGAAUCCGUUGAAUUCUUUUUAUUAGAGCAAAAUGUUUACGUUUUUUUCUCCGCCUCCACUGAGAGAUGGGCAGUGUUAAUACGCCAUUUACCUGAAGAUGCUUACACUGUUAAGGCACUGUCGGAUACUAGAUGGAGUGCUCGUUCUGACGCAAGUAAAGCUAUAUUCAAGUCUUACCGUGAAAUAAUUUCUGCGUUGACCGAAAUUGGAGAAAAUCCAGACCAGCCCUCAACUGCACGGGUUGAGGCAAAUUCCAUCGCUAAGCAACUUCAAAAGCUUGAAACUGCGAUACUGCUGCUUUUUUGGAACAAAGUUUUAGACAAAUUUCAUCGUUACAGCAAAAAACUUCAAACAGAAGGCUUGGACUUACAAAGUGUGCUAAACUUGUAUGUUUCCUUAAAAGCUUUUGGGACGUCUUUGCGUAAUGAAAAUGAAUUUAGUAAGAUUGAAAAAGAAGCUAAACAACUGUGUGGCUCCAAUGAAUACAAAAAAGAUCAAUCCAGGUCGACGAAACCAAAACUUCCAUUCGGUGAAAGUACCAAAAAUCAUACAGAAUUCUCCGGUCGAGAGUCAUUCAUUUUCAAUGUAUAUUAUGCAGCUCUCGACAAAAUCUGUACCAGUUUGUCGGACAAGAUAAAAAUUUAUUCAGAUCUUAAUGAAGAUUUUGGAUUUUUAUGGAAUCUGCUGAAUUUACAUAAAAGCGAUAUCUCAAAGCAUGCAAAAAAACUUCAAGAAAAAUAUAGCGACGAUCUUGACAAAACUUUUCCGGAGGAAUGCGUCUGUUUCGCCUUUUUCCUGGAAGAAUACAAAGAAAUGGAUCCAAAUGCUGUCAAAGAUUUUGGCAAUCCCCAAGCUCUUUUGAAGUUUCUAAAAUCAAAUCGAAUUGAAGACUAUCCAAAUGUAAAUAUAAGUCUUCGUAUCUUUUUGUGUAUGGCUGUCACCAACUGCACUGGUGAAAGGUCGUUUUCGGUUCUUAAACGAGUGAAAAAUCAUUUGCAGACAACCAAGAAGCAAGACUUUCUUAAUUCCUCCGCUCUGCUCUAUAUUGAGAACGAACUCUUACAAACUCUUGACUUUAGUGGUAUAAUCAGUGACUUUGCAGCAGCUAAAGCCCGAAGAAAAACAUUUGUUUAGGUAAGCGUCCCAAAAAUUACAUUUUAAUUUGAAUAUCUAAUACCUUAUGUCGAAUAAGUGCCUAUUAAACUGUCAUUUUCACAUAA